AUGAAGUUGUUUGUUUUUGCAGUCCUUCCUAUUGCACUUUAUGCCACUUUAAACGCAUUAUAUACAACUUGGUUGCCUACAAACUACCGCUUUGACAAACAAGUUCUCCACACUUUAGUCAAGGAGACAUUACAAGAGCAUUUAGACGAAAAAAAUGCUACUGAGAUCAUGGUUAAUCUUGGUGCAAGGUUGAAAACCCGGUACCCAGACAUUGUCAAUGAUUUGAACUUCAAAGAUUGGGUGUUCAACAAUGCUGGAGGUGCAAUGGGUACAAUGUUUAUUCUUCAUAGUUCCAUUUCGGAGUACUUGAUUUUCUUUGGUACCGCCGUGGGCACCGAGGGUCAUUGUGGUGUUCAUUUUGCAGAUGAUUAUUUCUAUAUAUUGAAAGGAGAGCAAAGAGCGGCGUUGCCGGGUAGCAUGGAAGCCGAAGUGUACGUUCCUGGAGAUUGCAACCAUUACAAAAGAGGUGCAGUGAAACAGUAUGGGAUGGCUGGAGAGUCGUGGGCAUUGGAGUUGGCACAGGGAUGGAUCCCAUCCAUGUUGUUUUUCGGAUUCAUGGAUACUUUAACAUCUACAUUGGACUUCCACACCUUCUACUUGACUGCAUAUUUCACUGCAAAGGAUAUGAUCAAGAAUCUUUUGAGAGGAAAAUUCUAG